GCUCGCGGUGGCCUCCGGACUUUGCGGCGAGCAGGCUGGAGAACGCCACGGCCUGCGCGCUCCCUUUCAGGCUCCGGAGCUGCGCCAGGCGGGCACCGCGGCUGCCCGAUCGGAGGAAACCGAAACCAAAGCGUCUCGUUCCCUUCCCGGGACGGCCGGCCGGCCGGGUUCCCCGCAGGCCCUGUCGCCCCGCCGCGGAUCACGGAGCCCAACGCACCGCCCGGCCCGCGGGCGUCCGAGGGUCCCUGGUUUUCCCGCCGCUCGUGUGGCGGCCGCAGCGGCGGCCUCUCCCCCUUCCUGUUGGGUCGCCUGCGUUCGCCGCCCUGCCCGUGAGCCGCGUGCAGAAUGGCCAGGUGCUGCUUCUACGCGGUAGGGACGCUGUCUCUGCUCCUCCUGGUGACCAGCGUCACGCUGCUAGUGGCCAGGGUCUUCCAGAAGGCCGUGGACCAGGCGAUCGAGAAGAAUAUUGUGCUAAGGAAUGGUUCCGAGACCUUUGACUCCUGGAAGAAGCCCCCUCUGCCCGUGUACUCCCAGUUCUAUUUCUUCAAUGUCACCAACCCAGAGGAGAUCCUCAGAGGGGAGAUCCCUCGGUUAGAAGAAGUGGGGCCAUAUACCUACAGGGAAAUCAGAAACAAAGCAGAUAUUCAGUUUGGAGAUAAUGGAACAACAAUAUCUGCUGUUAGCAACAAGGCCUAUGUUUUUGUACGAGACCAAUCCGUUGGAGACGCCAAAACUGAUUUAAUUAGAACAGUAAAUAUUCCUGCAGUGACCGCCAUGGAAUGGGCCCACCAGGGCUUCAUCCAGAUGCUCAUCCAGGCGCUGUUAAAGGCGUACCAGCAGAACUUCUUUGUGACGCACACAGUCCACGAUUUGCUCUGGGGCUACAGAGAUGAGCUCUUGGCCCUCAUCCACCCUUUCAGACCCGAUAUCUCUCCCUAUUUUGGCUUGUACUAUGGGAGAAAUGAGACUAAUGAUGGAGACUAUGUUUUUCUAACUGGAGAAGACAAUUACCUUAACUUUUCAAAGAUUCUGGAAUGGAAUGGAAAAACGUCACUUGACUGGUGGGCAACAGACAAGUGCAAUAUGAUUAAUGGAACGGAUGGAGAUACUUUCCACCCACUAAUAACCAAAAAUGAAAUCCUUUAUGUCUUUCCAUCUGAUUUUUGCAGGUCAUUGUAUAUAACUUUCAGUAACUUUGAGAGUGUAGAGGGACUGCCUGCCUUUCGGUUUAAGGUGCCUGAAGAAAUAUUAGCCAAUACCUCAGACAAUGCCGGCUUCUGUAUACCUGCAGGAAACUGCCUGGGCUCAGGAGUUCUGAAUGUCAGCAUCUGCAAGAAUGGUGCCCCUAUUAUUUUGUCUUUUCCACACUUCUACCAAGCAGAUGAGAAGUUUGUUUCUGCCAUAGAAGGCAUGCAUCCAAAUAAGGAAUAUCAUGAGACGUUUGUGGACAUUAAUCCUUUGACUGGCAUUAUUCUACGAGGAGCCAAGAGGUUCCAAGUCAAUGUUUAUGUCCAAAAAAUAGAUGGCUUUAUUGAAACAGGAAACAUUAGAACCAUGGUUUUCCCAGUGAUGUAUGUCAAUGAGAGUGCUCUCAUUGAUAAAGAGACUGCAAGUCGACUGAAGUCUGUGGUUAACAUUACUUCAGUCGUCACCAACAUACCCUACAUCAUCAUGGCGCUGGGUGUGUUCUUUGGUUUGAUCUUCACCUGGCUUGCAUGCCGAGGACAGGGGUCCAUGGACGAGGGAACUGCAGAUGAAAGAGCGCCCCUCAUACGAACCUAACUGCGGCCUGAGCAUGAUGAAGGAGCCGUGCUGAGCUGUCCUGACCUGGAUCAGACAUGGGGAAACCCUUGAGUCCUCACAGGCUUGUGCCUGCUGUAAGAGGAGGGAGAAGACCCAGAGCUAGCAAGUGAUGAGAGCAUUGGGCUGGAGCUUAAAGAACAGGCUGAUUCAUUGGCCACUAGGCUUUAUCAAAUCCUGUGGUCCCUGACAAAGUGUUUUGUUUUUCAUGUGUCUAGCAAGUAUUUAAUAAACUCUUGUACAGUAAAUUUUUUUGGUUGGGUGCUGGUAGCUCCAGAAUUUUAUGACCACUGUUGUGGUUAUAAUGUCUCUGCAUCAGUUGUUAAUGUUACUUGGUCUAACCUUAUUCAAUAUGCAUCAUUCACCAGACUUUGUAUUCAGAAUACAUAAGUACCAUUUAUUUGUUGUAUUUCUCUAUUCAUGUCUCCUCCAAACGAGAAGCGAGUAAGAGUUCGGAACCCAGGGUAAAAUGGUAGCCUCAUUCAGUACAUCACUCAAGUGCAUCUAAUUUCCUCUUUUAAAAAGCUAUAUAUUGCAUUUCAUGCUAAUUGUCAGUGCAUAAUUCCUCCAGGAACAUGAUUUGGUCCUCUAACUACUUUCAUACUGGUAGGAAUCAAGUGGUGAAUGGGUUGGAUGGAGUGAGGCACCUGUAAGUUGAUAGCUAUAAACACCUGAGGAUUUUUUACUUGCACUUCUGUGCAUUGAAAGAAUGCAUAGAUAAUAGUGGUGAGGACAGUGCAGCUAUUUCAUAUAGAGUAGAACUAAAUGCUAGUUCUGAGAUUUGUGGAUAGUUUGUUAUUUUUUUAAUCGAAAUGAUCUUGAUGUGGACAGAUACUCCUUCCUGGGAGAAUGUAAUAAAUGAUUUUCUCCCCGUCACCCUUGCUAAGUAUACUAUAUUAUCACAAUAUUAUUGAGUGAUUAUUUGUAAAAUUAUUUAUGAACAUAGGAAAUCCAUGCAUCCAUAGCCUAAGUUGCACAUAAAUUUCAGGAAGUCUCACUACACUAAAGAGACAUUUCUUUGGGGACUGUCUUUUUGGUAACUUUGAAAUUGUUUUUAGAAGUUUCCUUAUUUCCUCAGAUUCAGUUCCUUUCACUGUUUUGUGGCUUGCUGUCAGUUGCUGAGUAAAGAAAAAUGUGCCCUACGCUUCUGUGACAAUCGUCUUCCUGACAGAAAAACAGUGUCUUUAAAAUAUUGUGCAGAAAGUUCUUUAAGGUCCUUUGCAACCAGAAGCAGAGUCAUCUGUCUUCAGAAGACCUCUUGGUUUUUAGUGUAACCUAAGUCAGGGGACUGGGAACCACCAUAUGUCACAGAAUUCAAGCAUAGUGAAAGACAAUUUCUUUUUAUUCUCAAAGUUAAAAAUUCAUUUUUGAUUGAGAAACCUAUACUGUUAUCUGGCAAAGUGCACAUAGAGUUUCUUAACUGAAUAAUUCUACAGGAUUUUUUGUUUAAAACUGAACUUCAGUGAAAGCAAAUGAAGGAAAAUAAUGCUAUGGAUUUUACAAACACAGCUUCUGAUCCCUGUAUGGGGGUAAUAAAUUGCUUUAGUUUAUUUGUCCCAAUUUUCCCUCUCUCUCUACACUACAGCAAUAUGUAAUAUGUUUCCCUUCUUGAAGGGGCAAUUCAUUAAAAUCUCAACAUCUCUAUAAAUUAAAAUAGAACUUAUACUUACCCCAAAUCAAGGAAAUAUGAAAAACUAAAUUUUGUUUGCAAUAAUGCCAAAUAUCUAGGUUUUUUUGAAUUUAUCAAUAUUUAGAUAAUUGGCAUA